UCUCAAUAUAUAGCUCCGACUGACGCUCGCCGUGAAUGGAUCUCAGGCCUCUCAGGGUCAUCAGGCACAGCCUUGGUCACCGCCAAGGAGGCGCUCUUGUGGACCGAUGCGAGGUACUACACGCAGUUCUACUUGCAGGUCAACACUACGUUGUGGAAACUUAUGAAACAAGGUACUGAUGCUCCAAUCCAAACAUGGCUGGUAAAUAACCUUAAGUCUGGUUCGGUUGUAGGAGUAGAUCCUACAACUUACACACGCAGUGCUUGGACAAGUCUAGCGAAUACGUUGUCACCCUGGAACAUAACUCUGUAUGCUACGUCUGAAAACUUAGUGGACUUAGCCCGUGACAAUAUACAUGACCCACCGCCUCCCAGGCCUGAAAAUCAACUGAUACCACACCCUAUUGAGUACAGUGGAAAAAGGGCAGGCGAGAAAAUAUCACAGCUGUUGUUACAGAUUGAAGAGCGCGGCGCCACCGCUUUAGUUCUAACCGCUUUGGAUGAUAUCGCGUACACUCUAAACCUUCGGGGCAGUGACAUUCCGUACAAUCCAGUGUUCUUCUCGUAUUUGAUAUUAAGAGUUGAUGCGGCUGCGACGAAUAAAGUGAUUCUAUUCUGGGGUUCAGGUCAGUUGUAUUCGAAGAUAUCACAGUUCCUGCUAGACCAGGGCGUUCAGCUUGAAGUCAGGCCUUACAGGGAAAUAUUUGAUUAUUUGACCAAAAUGUCGAAUGCGCUUCCAGAAAGAAGUACGAUAUGGCUAGCUGAUACCGGCAGUCAUGCUAUUUUCUUAGCAGCUGAAGGCAAAGGACAUACUACUAUAAUAUCGACAAUAUCUCCAGUGGCUUUGAUUAAAUGUGUUAAAAACGAAGUUGAACUUGCGUUGUUCUUGACUAUUGGUAAGGGAGGGACACUAUGGCUUCUGAUCCCACAGCGUCCAGAGGAAGUAAAUUUUAUGGGUCCAUCGUUUGCGACAAUCGCGGGCGCAGGCGAGAACGGGGCCAUCAUUCACUACAAGCCCGACCCUGAAUCAGACCACCGCAGUAUUGGUCCAAAUGACAUGUUGCUCGUUGACUCGGGUGGACAGUACAGAGACGGAACGACAGACAUUACACGCACUCGUCACAUGAGCGGUUCACCCACUUCGAUGCAGCGAUUGGCUUUCACUCGGGUGCUGAAAGGACAUAUUCUUCUAGGAACAGUUGUAUUUCCGAGAGGUACUGUG